GAGAAACACAGGCAUAAUAAGUAUUCCCAUACCAUUGCUUAAGCAAUAUCCAUAUAUGGUAGCAGACAAUCACAACAUGUACAAAUAUCUCCUCCUCCUCCUCCUCUUCUCUUCUGAUUGGGUUUUCCACUCUCUAGCUUGAAGCCUUUUUAGAGUACUCACAGCUUCCCUACAGAGCAGAUCAUCAGAAUUUAAGAUCAUGGAGAGGAGGAGCUAUUCUGCAGGCAGUGAAUUACUUAAAUACAAGCAUGAUGAUCACUACUUGAACAAGUUAAGUGUUGAAGAGCUUUCAAAUGGGUUGUCAACAUGGCCUCCAAAGGACUACACAUGUAGCUUUUGCAAGAGAAAGUUCAGCUCUGCACAAGCUCUUGGUGGUCACAUGAAUGUUCACAGGAGAGAUAGAGCCCGGCUUAGAUCACAGUUACCUUCAACGGUUUUUGAAUGUACUAGUACUCCAAACCCUAGCCCUAAUUCUUCACCACCACCAUCUUCAUCACUCUCUCCCUUUGUCAAGUCCUUACCAUAUAAGAAACCUUUCAUUGAUGAUCAUCAAGGUCAUCGACGGCGCGAUCCUUUUUAUAAUGAAAGUCAAGAAUUGAUGAAGAAGACUAGCAUGAGAUGUAAUGUUUUUGAAGUUGGAGAACUUAAGGGUUUUUCACAACCCAAAUGGGAGCUUGAUCAUCAAGUGUUGAUGAAGGAAAAAAAGGAUCCGGAGAUCAUUAGUUUGGAUUUGGAAAUGGGGUUUAAGGACCCUGAAGAGAUUUUGGAUUUAGAGCUUCGACUUGGGUAGGCCUAUUAUCUAUAUCUUAUGAUCUUGCUUUAAUUUAUUUUAGCUUUCAGUAUUGUUUUAGCUUUCUUCCCCAUUGAUUAGUUCAAGCUCCAAGAACUCAUGAUCCUUUAAGUCUUAUUUAUUUUAUUAUUAUUUUUCAGUUAUUUUCAGUUAAUCUAUUACAACAUGUUAAUGGAGCUUUCAAUUAGGUCUAGCUUGCAUAUGUAAUUGAGUUUUAGAGUGUAAAUU